AUGGAUAGCACCCCUGGUUUUGUAAACCUACUUAAUAGUCAAACCUCAUAUGACCUUGAUUCACCUGAACCUGCUUGGUUCAGUAGCCAAUGUCCAGAUGAGUCUGCCGUCAAGGAGAGGAGGAAAUGGUCUCCAAAAGAGGAUAAAAUCCUUAUUGGUGCUUGGCUUAACACCAGUAAAGACCAUGUGGUCAGCAACGAGCAUGAAUCUGGUGCUUUCUGGAAGAGGAUUCAAGACUACUACAAUUCAAGCCCUCACCUGGUUGGGACAACACCUAGAGAGCUUGUUCAGUGCAAACAGAGGUGGUCUAGGAUUAACGAUCAAGUCUGCAAGUUUGUUGGAUGCUUUGAAGCGGCUCUGAGGGAGCAGAAAAGUGGUCAAAAUGAUGAUGAUGUGAUGAAAGCUGCCCUAGGAGGGAUUAGCAAAAUGUCAUCAUCUUCAUCUAAUGAACUCGAAGAAAGAUUGAACGAAGCUUUCGACGAUAUAUUCGAAGAUAUAUACAACAACAUAGUGGAGGCCCAAACCAAAAAGCAAAGAAAACGUGCUUACAUAGAACGAAACCAUGAAGAAGGACACAACCGUUUAUGGAAUGACUACUUCAGCGAAGAUCCGACAUUUCCGGCACAUUUAUUCAGACGCCGUUUCCGCAUGAACAAGGAAUUAUUCAUGCGUAUAGUCCAUCGCCUCUCAGAGGACGUUCCAUUCUUUCGACAAAGAAGAGAUGCAACCGGGAGGUAUGGUCUAGCUCCACUGCAAAAAUGUACGGCUGCAAUUCGUCUGCUUGCUUAUGGUUAUGCGGCUGACACGGUUGACGAGUACCUUAACGAUAUUAAUGUUCUCGACUAG